AGCCGCAGCCGCGCCGGCCGCCUCCGAGGGCGCCGGGUCUCCGCGCGGGCGGUUGACCGGGAGCCUCGCGGCGGCGGCGAGCAUCCGCGGCGGCGAUGGAGCGGAAGCGCAGCCCGGAGAGCGACCCGGAGGCGGGGCCGGAGGACGGGGACCCGGCGGGGAAGAAGCGGCUGCUGCUGUGCGCAGACUUCAUCUCCGUCGCCAGCUGCGAUGAGGCCGUGGCGCGGCGCUACCUGGCGGAGAACGCCUGGGAGGUGGAGAGGGCGCUGAACGCUUACUUCGAGCCGCGAGCGGAGGAGGACGCCCUCCCGCGUCGCCCCGCCACCUCGCCCGCGCCGCCGGGGUCCUGUGUGGACCUGACCCAGGAGGAGGCGCCGGCCCCCCGGGGCCCCAGCGGCCCGGCCAGCCCCCCGCUGCAGGAGGACGGCAGCGCCUUCUCGCUGGUCACCUGGAACGUGGACGGGCUGGACCUGAACAACCUGCGGGAGCGGGCCCAGGCAGUGUGCGCCUGCAUCGCCCUGUACAGCCCGGACCUGGUGUUUCUGCAGGAAGUCAUUCCCCCGUAUCACAGCAUGCUGAAGAAGAAGGCAAGCAGCUACGAGAUCAUCACAGGCCAUGACGCCGGGUAUUUCACGGCCAUCAUGCUGAAGAAGUCCAGAGUGAAACUGAAAAGCCACGAGAUCAUCCCUUUCCCAAACACACAGAUGAUGAGAAACCUUCUGUGUGUGCACGCGAGCGUGUCGGGAAACGAGCUGUUCCUUAUGAACUCGCACCUGGAGAGCACCCGGGAGCACGCGGAGGAGCGCGCCAGUCAGUUCAAGAUGGUCCUGAGGAAAAUGCAGGAGGCCCCGGAGUCGGCCACCGUCAUAUUUGCGGGAGACACGAACCUGCGGGACCAAGAGGUCACCAAGUGGGGCGGUUUACCCGGCAGCAUCUCGGACGUGUGGGAGCUCCUGGGCAAACCCCAGCACUGCCGGUACACCUGGGACACGCGGCUGAACUCCAACCUCGGCAUCCGCGCCACCUGCCGCCACCGCUUCGACCGGAUCCUCCUCAGAGCUCCGGCCGCAGGAGGCGGCCGCCUCGUCCCCCGGAGCUUGGACCUCCUGGGGCUGGAGAAGCUGGACUGUGGCCGCUUUCCCAGUGACCACUGGGGCCUUCUCUGCACCUGGGACGUCAUCCUGUGAAGUGUUCCCAGUGCAAGUCACGUGUUCCGAGUGGUUUUGUGCUGGAGAUUUAUUUGCACAGAGAAUUCCUGCCCCUCUGGAAAGUCAGGUUUGAUAUGGAAGAAGGAAUAUAUCGGACCAUCAGUGGAGAAGGGAAAACUGUGUUUUGCGUCCUUAGGUUUCAGAACAAAGUGUUCGUGUUUAUUUCGAGGGGAUGUGUGUGUGUGUUCAGAACAUGAGGUCUCCUGGCGGGAGGGCUGGAGGCUGUCAUCUGUCCCCAGUGCUACAUCGCACUGCCUCUGGGCCAGCCUUUAUCGCUGAUGUAUCGUGGAAUCAGGAACCACAGUGGUGAAUGUUCUAAGUCUUUAAGAGGGAAACCGGGAGGCUGUGGUUCCGGGCACUGGGUCUUGGGUGCCAGGCCGUGAGCAUCUGAGCAGGUGACCGCUGCCCUGUGUCAGCUGACCUGCCCCAUUGGUGAGCUGUGCAUGAACUCCUGACUUAAAUUCCUUCUCACUGAAAUUCAUAUCUGUAUCUGUGUGACCAAGAUGCCAGGUUGGGCGUGAUGGGGUGAAAGUCUGUUUACAGCCGCUCUGGACUGGUUUUCGAGAGCAGAAUACUGUGUAAAGAGAAACAGCCUUUUUAGUUUUGCUAUGCUGAAGUGGAAUUAUUUUACAAGAGGUGGGGAGCACUUUUAAAUGUGCUUUAAGGGAUCAUUUUUUCCCAUAAGAAAGAUACUUUA